GAAAAUUUAUAGCUGCACUCAGUAACUUUCAUACCGGACCAACAUUUCCUGUAUUUGAUGUGGGUCUUAUUAUCUAAGAUACUGACACCAGAGAGGAAACCCCUUCCAGGUUUCCAUCCUUCAGGUCAAUCCCGCCUCUCUGCAGCAUCCCAGUGCUGAAGUGAGGGAGUAUGCCUGUGCCAGUAUUUCCCGGCUGCUGCAGCAGAAGCACGUCAUCCCAGCCUUUGUGCAGCGGGACGUGGUGCGCUGCCUGGGGCCGCUGCUGAUGGAUCACAGCCUGGCUGUCCGGGAGACAGCUGCAGGUGCUCUCCGAAAUCUGAGUGCUUGUGGAGGAUUUGAUGUCUGUGAUGACAUGGUGACAAACGACAUCAUGACACCCCUGGUUGCACUUCUGAAAGAGUGCAGCAUUGGACUGGAUGCUAACCAGCUCUCUCCAAAGAAAUGCAGAGGGAUGAACAAAAAUUAUAUUGAAGACAUAGCCAAUGAGGCUAUUAAUUUGCUGUGGAAUAUAUGUGAAUGCAACAAUACUGCCCUAUACAUAUUCAAUAAAGAAGGAUGUCUGGAGGCUGUGUUACAUUACAUGAAGAAAUUUGCCACAAAUGUGGAUCUGGCUAUUUCAGUAGCAAACUGCUUGCAGGCAGUGACAGAAGAUAAUCCAGAUCUUCUUUCUUCAUUUAAUGCUUCUGCACAGCAAAUACUGGAAACAGUGAUGUUGAGUCCAGAGAGCACCAUGAAGCACAUCCUUCUGAGAACACUGAUAGCAGGCACUAUCUGGAAUAUAAAGGAUACCAUUCCACCAGGCAGCCUGGGAAGCAUGGUUAAUGCAAUCCUGAAGAUAUUUUCAGAAUCAUUGGCAAUAGACGCUGGUGAAACAAUUAUCCAUAUGAAUGAAGCUGAAAAAAACAGGUUAAAACUUACUGUGGAACCAGAAACUGAAGAAAACAUGAGUGAUACUACAGAAAACUGUGUUUUGAGUGAAGAUGAUAACAUGGAAGAAAUACCAAAAGGAAAACUCAGAAGAGAAAAUGACGUUUCAGAUUUACUUCCAUCUGAUAAGUGGGAACUGAAAGAAGUGACAGCUUUACUGACGGCUCAGCAGACUGCUCUGGAGAUCAUUGUUAAUAUGUGCUGCAGUGAAGAUCCCUCUGAUGAUGAGUGGGAGGAACUGUCCAGCAGUGAUGAGAGUGACUUGUUCAUGGAAAACUCGUACAACGAGGGGAGUGGGCUGCUGCUGUCACCCCUGUGCCUCUCUGAUGAAGUUAACUCAGCAUUUCUGAACAACCUCAUUCCAAAGAAGAUUCUUGAAAAAACUGCUUUUCCGAACAGCGUUGCUGUAGACAUCUGUACGCACAAUCCAUCUUGGAAACCAUUAAUUAAAAAACUGAAUGCAGUGCAGUGCAGAGCUUUGACAUGUCUUCAGAGCAUUUUGUUGGUGUCAGAUGUGGAUUGUCUUGGGGGAGCUUCAGCACUUCAGUCCCUUGCACAGCAUCUCUCACAGCUGAUCUUUUCUAAAACAGAACUCCCUACAGACACAGAAUUCCUGGAAGCUGUAACCAGUGCUUUGAGGGCUCUUCUACAAACAAUGGCAUCAAAGAACAUCUCCCAGUGUAUGACUCCUGAGCAGCUCUUGGCUUUGUGUGAGGCUGGUAUUCAAAGCAGCAAUGCCAGUGUUAGAGUGAACAUGGUGAGCAUCCUUGGAAUUUCUGGCAGUGUCCUGGCAAAAGGACAAGAUACAGCUGAAACACUGAAGAUGAUUGGAAAAUUUCUUCUUGAGGUUGCUAUGAAGGAAUCUUCUCUUGUGGUAGCAGGGGAAGCCUUGGAUGCACUUUUUGAUGUAUUUGCAGAUGGUGAAGAAGCAGAAAAGGCAGCGUUACAGAUCAAGUUGCUUUCAACACUGAAGGAAUUUCAGCCAGUGUUCAGAAUGAGGAUGCGAAAAGAAGGCAAAGGACAAUAUAGUACAGAUCAACUGUGUGUUCUUGACAAUGUGAAGAUGAAUUUGAGAAGAUUCAUUGCAUAUCAGGAGACACUAGGGAAAACCCCAACUUGAAACAUCGAGGAACUUUUAAGGUUUUCCUUAUUGAGUAAUGUUUUCAAAAAAUAUAACUGUUUGAACUUCCAAACUUUACUGAGCAGAGCAGUUUUGCUUUGAUAGCAAUGCUACAUUUUAUAACAUUCAGUAUUUUUAUACUUUUGGGUUGAUGCAAUAUGAAGGACAUAUCAGCAUAAAAAACCCUGUAGCAUACCCUGAGAUUGUUGGAGUGGUAAGAAGGUGCUCUUUAGGUCCUGAGGUCUGUACAUAGCACCACUGUCAUUGCCUGGAUAUCUUCAUGUACCCUGGCAGAAAACAACACUUGUGUAAAAAAGUAAUUCUGAAAAUAUUCUUGGUCAUGUGACAGAUUGGAAAAAAAAAUAAAGUAAAAGCUCAAGGUCUGUUUCAGGGAAUGGAGCAGUGGGAGAGUGUUCAUAUUUGCUAUUUGCUCUUACCUGUUCCUAGAAUCGCACAGGCACUUAUGGCAGACUUCCCAAAAUAAGUGUGUGACAAAUGUGUAGAUUCUAGUCUGCACUUGGAUCUGUUAUUUCAUGAGGUUUAUGAGGAGAAAAUUUUCAGAUUCAUUUAUGAUAAAUUCAGUAUGAUAGCUUUUUGUUGUGAAAAUCAGUGUAAGCAGAUCCUACAAUUGACGCAACACCCUGUCUUUAUUUUGAUUGGUAUUUCUGAAAAUUAAGUCUCCUAUUUUGCAGUCUUCCUUUUAAUUCUACAUCAGCACGAGUUUGAAUUCUGGGAAGUAGUAAACCUAACAGAAAGUAUUUUUUAUACUGAAGUAUUACCUGAAGUAAAUUUAUAUUUGCUUAAAAUACCUUUUGCAAAUAUUUGUGAUGGAGAUUUUUAAGCUGUAAAAUACAGAAAAUAUUUUUUAAUAAUAUCAUCACUUCAUGCAAAUUGUAUGAUAUUUUCCAUAUAUCAAAAGCUUUGUUUUUGUUUCUGUAAAUGAGGCGUACUCAUACACAUUUUUCAAGAAAAAACACACAACUAAACAAAAAAGCAUUUUGUUUUGCUGGAUUUUGAAAUGGGAGGUUUUUUUCUCCUCUCUCAAUGUGCUGCCUUAGCUCAGGCAUCCAGUUUUUGGCAAAAUUUUUCCCAUGUUAAAAGCAUGGAACUUAAAAAGACCAAAUUGGCUUGUUUUGUUAGAUUUCAGUCUCUAAGAUUGGAAAGUAGACUUGAGAACUGACUGGUAACUUGCAAAUGACUGACUCUCUGAAACCCUGACAAGUAUGUCGUUGGUUGCAAGAGGAAGGAGAGAUGAGUUUAAGCAGCUGUACUGCCUGGAGCUGCUGUUGCUGCUGUUACUUGACAGGAGUCAGGAAUGUGUGAUGUGAUGCCUGCCACUCAAAGGAGUGAGAGGUGGGAUUGGGAGGGCUCAAGGCCCAGUGGGGCUGGACUGGAGAAAACCAGAAGUCAAGAGCAUGGGGCAGUUGAAAGGUUAUCCAGGGAUUUAGCAAGGCAGGCAGUGAAGAGGUCUGUAGUGUAACAGCUGAGGAAAGGUGGAUUAUGGCAUAAUACCCUACAGUGUGUGGAUUUUAAUCCUGGUGUUAGUUAUACUUGCUGUACACUGAGGAUAGUGUACUGUUAGCCUGAUGAAAGGUAUUAGUAUUUGUUUGGAGCACUUAAAGGACUUCAAAAGUUCUGCUCUCAUUUUUUGGGCACUACAUUAAAUUGCAAAGUUCUAGAUUGGAAGGGAUCUCUGGAGGUCUCUUAGUCUAGUCCUCUGAUCGAAGCAGGGCUGACUGGGGAGGCAGGUUGUGCUAGGCCUUGAGCACCUCCCAGAAUGGGAAUUCUACAACACCGGACAGCCUCUUCCAGGGCUUGACUUCUCUCACUGGAAACGCAUUUUUUUCCUUUUCCCCUUGUGCCUUGUAGGACUUUCUCCUGCUGCAAAAUGUGCCUCUUGUCCUUUGACUGCACACAACCAAGAAGAGCCUGGCUCCAUCUCCUAACCCCCACUUGGCAGCUGAAAACAGUAAUUGUAUUUCCCUCUUCUCCAAGCCAAAUAAACCCAGCUCUCUCAGCUGUUCCUUGUACACCCUCUCACCCUCCAACCAUCCUAGUGGCCUGCUUGGCCUGCUCUGCUGUGUCUUGUACUGAGGCCCAAAACUGGACAGACUACUCCAGAUGUGAUCUCCUAGGUGCUGAAUAGAGGCAAGUGAUUGGUUUUCUUGUCCUGCUGGCCAUGCUUCUGCCAGCACAACCUGUUAUUUGUUAGCUGUUGUCACUGCAAGGGUGCACUGCUGGCUUCAGCUUACUGUCCACCAGGACCCUUUGGUCCUUCUCUCCAAAGCUGUCCUUUGGUCAUUCAGUCAAGAGCACUGUCCCAAAUGUAGGAAUUUGCAUUUUACAAGUGUAGCAGCCAGAAUCUGUUUCCUGGGGACCACUAGAAAACCAAAGUAUGUUAUUUUUUGGUUUGGGUUUUUCUUUUAGGUUGAUAAUGACAAGAAACAUUUAAUCUACAAAUACAAAUCUGGAAGUUGCAGAUAAAUAUACAGAAGAUAAGGCAUCCACUAGAAACAUGGUUUUCUUAAUAUAAUCUGUUAGACUCUGUUUUUUUUUUUUCCUUCAGGUGAAAAAACAGACUGACAUUUAGAUCUUAAACUAUUCUGGCAAUAGGAAGGCACGGAUUAUUUUUUUGCUAUGCACUGAUUAGCUGAAUGUCUUGAAAAAAUAUUUUCACCAUGAGAUUGGUGCAUAGUACAAACUAUAUCACUUAAAGAGGAAUAUUAAUGCAUCUCUGGAAGACAGAGCAAGUUUUGAGUGAUUUAAAGAAGCAUCAAAUCAGGGACUAAAACCAGAUGAGAUACACUGGCACAAAAGAGCUAAGCUACAAGACUGGGGCUGCCAAAGUUCUUUUGACACAACUAAGGAAAAUCAAGGCAGCAGCAGAAGUGAUGAUAAUAUGCAAAUUAAAUGUUCUGGGGACUCUUUGAACACUGGUUUAUUUAAUAGGUCUAGGGUAAGCUUCAAAGACAAGAUCCUUUACAGCCUACAAAGGGGAAGAUGGAUCUUGAUGGCAAAAAUUGGACUGAUGUAGACGAUGUGUAGCAUAAAUAAAUAGAUACUAAAUAUAUGUAAGUGAUCUUCAUCAGUUAAUCUAAUCACACAGAUAAGACUGGUAUCAAAACAGGUAUCUGAAUUGGGUUGUUUUUUCUGGUCCCUAAGGCAUCAUCUAUCUGCUUCAGUUAAAAACCACAGUCCUUGGAAAGUAUAGAUUGCUGCUCUGCUUGUGUCCCUGCCUGAUGCUGAGCUCAGCAGACUGGCUCUGAGCUGAGCUGUAAUACCAAAAUAGGUGCUGAGUUUACCUUGCUCUGGGCUAGAGUGUGAAGGAGGCUGUGGGUCCCCUGCCCUGUGCAGAAGCAGCAGGACCACUGACAUUUUCUGCUGCCUGCAAAAUGUUGAAUUCCCUACUGUGGAAAUAAGGAAUUAUCACUUGUGUGGUUUUAUUCUUCUUCUCUAUGAAAAGAAACAAGUGACAAGAUUUAAACGUGUAUUUGUUGUUUAUUACAUCAUGUCCUGGCAUUCAGAAGCAGAAGAUGGCUGUAUACCACAGUCAAGUCAAUAGUUUAACUUUUUGGGGGUUAUGGUGUGUGUUGAAGGUAAUUUUUUGCACAGUAUGGGGUUUUUGGUUUUGGUUUUUUUUUAAGAUUGUCUUCCUAGAGGAACAGGAAUAACUUCAACCAGCAGUACUUGACUUGGUUUGAUGUUUGCAUUUUGAGAGACAAAUACAAAAAACAAUGAGAGCACAGUAAAAUUACAAAAUGAGAACUCUGUUGGAGAAGUAAUGAGUUUAAAAUUUGUUGGCAGUUUAAGUAUUAUAAAUUAAAUUAAUAUCUUGUGGAAUAUUAACACAAAACAACAAACCAAAAAUGUCCAUAAACUCAAGUUUCCUUAAUGAGGGAUUUUCAAUAAAAACAUUCCUGAGGAUUGGAUGGAAAUGUCUAGCCUUACAUUUACUGUUGCAAAUUCCAAUUCAGGCAGUGGUAGUGGUAAUUGAAAAUAAUGUAAUUGUUUCUUUCUGGCACAAGUGACUUGAGCAAACAAUCUAUAUAUUGUUUGUUCUGGACAAGCUGUUAAGAUACAUAACUUUAGGAUAAUUGGCAAAAUCUGAGGUCUCUGACAGACAGCAAAUGAAGGAACUUGAAGUUUUUCCACCAGGGCUGACACAUGGUGAGCCUUUCUGUUUGAAGAAGCUUUUAUUUGAGUGGUGGGGGUUUUUGGUUUAAUUUUCAGAUAAUUUAAAACUGUUUGUACCUUCUGGGGAAUUUUUUGUACCUUCUGGGGAAAAAAAUUGAAGGCAUUGAAGUAAAUUCACUUAAAUUUCAUUUUGUUUCUGUAUAAUUUUUGAAAGUUUCUUCUCUUUGUGAGAGCGGUUUUGUCAAACAUACAGACAUAAUUCAGUGACCACAUAAAGCCUAGUUUGAGGCUUUCACAUGUGAGGAUAUAGGAACAUGCUUUUUUCUUUUGAAUCUGGGUGUCAGGAGCUCCUGGCACUACUGUUACAUUAUGGGUUUUAAUCAGACUGCUUGGGAACUGCAGUAAGAUCCCAUGGUAAUAAUCUGUAGCUGUUGGAUUGUGGCUGCUGUGUGUUCUCAGCACAGUGAGGGUCCUGAUGCAGCCCUGGCGUUGUGAGGUGCUCACAUAAAUCCCUGCACCAUGCUAAAAGAUAUGUUGGGCUUUCAGUAAACCUUCUCCUGGUUUUGUGUUCCUGCUGCGAUAAAAAUCCCAUUUAGAAUUGUUUUCUUUCUCCUCUGACGUCAAUUUUUUUUCAACUUUUAAGGAAUGUUGCAUUAGCCUCUUCCCUCCUCUCUGCCCCUUGAAAUGGGGAGUGAAAAGCACUUCCAGAACUUGAUGGAAGAAUGGCUGAUUCAGCUAGUAAAUGCAUGAUGUUUCCAGACAACCUUUCCUGGGAAGUUCCCUUUGUAGUAAAUAAAAGUUUUAAAAUUCAAAGCAGUGAUCAAAAAAACCCCAAUUUGACCAUAUUAAAGUGUGGGUUUUGUUUUUUAUGCCCCCCAUGGCAUACUUGCUAAUCUAAAGCAUUUGUGUUACUACACCACCUGUAUUGUGUCUUGUCUUGGCACAUUUGCCUGGGACUAGGCUUGCUACUGAGGAAUCCUGUAAAUUAAUAAACCUCAGUCCUAUAACAAAACUUGUUGACAUUUAUGUGCUAUGAGUGUAGACUAAAUCACGGAUUUUUUGCAGAAUUAGCUUUAUUAAAAAAGAAAAAUAAACAAAUCAGUUAUUUUUCCUGUUGCUGUUACCUUCUUAAGGGUAAUGUAAAAUCAUUUAUUUGACUUAUACUUUUCUUUGUUGCAUUUUUAAAAAGGUUUGUUAAUUGAAACUUUUUUAUUUGAAUUUUUGAUGUGCAGGGAAUAUAGUUUAGACUCUUGUUACCUUUUCCUGCUAUGCUUGUAAUUAUCAGAAUAACUGAAGAAUGUGGGGUUUGGAAAAUAAGGUUAUUCAUAGUGGUUGUUUCCCAAUUCCAAGACAUGUUCAAGUCCCACCAGUUUCCAUUUGGCUUUCACUAGAAGUUUCACUAGCAGUUUAAUUUUGUCAACUCAACCCCCAAAUUUCACCCUCGUGCAGUGCAGAUCAGACACGCUGUGACAUAACAGAGGAGUGCUGAGGACAGGAUCUUCUGCUCUGGGAUGGUGGGGAGAAGCCAGAACUUCAGACUUUGGUUGUCACCAGGAAAUGGUGCUAAAUCUUCCUUGCAAACUGUUCACUUCAUGGAAUGCUUGAAAUUGGAAUGCGACUUUUUAAUUCUAAACCCUCCACCUCCAGCUUGCUUAAGAGAAAUCAUCUCCCAUGCAAAUCUGCAAGUGGGGGAAGCACCAGGCCCUUCGUGCAAAACGCUGGAAACUUUGUAGCUGAUAUUAAAGAUGUUUUAAGGCUGUAGUAUGAAAACACUAAAAAUAAAACCGAGUCUGACAAGAA